AUGCACGUGCGUGAGUGCAUGCACAAACAGCAGCGUUGUGCUUGUGUGGGCGUGCAUGCCCGUGUGCGGGCAUGCAUGUGUGAUCCCCGAUUAUCAGCUUUAAUUUUCGACAAGCUUCAAGUGCCUGAAUAUUUGCAGAAACCCAGGAGCGAAGGGGAGAGCAGGUGCGACGUUUGCGCAGCCCACCUAAACCAGCUGAAGCAAGAAGCCAUCCAGGUCGUCCAGGGCCUCAACCAGGCCAGCUGCCAAGAAGGGGUAGACCCCCCGCAAAGUGCCGUGACGAUGGCUACCAUUUUGCCGAGGCUGGCUUCUCAAAAUGUGGUCACGGUGUCUUCUCAGAGGGACUUGUCUCUUGUGCCUGGGCAGGGGGGUAGAUCGUCGGCCAAAACUGCAAGCCUUUUCUCCGGCGCUGAAAGGAAGAAAGGGCUUGGGUGGCCUCAAGGCUCGGGUGGAUUCCCGAACUCCAGCGUCCAAGUGACGGUGUCUCCCAGCGGCCUUAGCGGGGCCUUGAGUUCAGUAACGAUCCAGGCUCAACAGUAUCUUGAAGGGAUGUGGAGUAUCUCCAGAGUGAACAGCUUUCUGCCUCAAGCUUGCCUAGAGGCAACAAUGGGAGAGUGUGGAAAGGAAGGCUCUAAUAUUCAAGUUACCUCAGGACAGAACAACUGUGACCAAACUGGGAUUGGGGUUUCCCAGAGUUUGGUCACUCCUGCUGGCGUCCCCACAGGUACUUCAGCGGCGGCGUCCUUCUUCAUAAGGGCUGCCCAGAAACUUAACUUGUCCUCGAAGAGAAAGAAACACCAUGGACCUUUGCUGCCAUCUCGCGAUUUCUCCAUCUAUCCUACCAAUUUCAGCGGCAUCCUGCAGACGUGUCCUCCGUCAGCACCACCAUGCCUUUUGAGAGCUGUGUCAAAAGUCAAAGACAACCCGGGGAUCGGAAAGGUAAAAGUGAUGGUGAGAAUUUGCCCGUCGGAUGGAACGCAUGACACGUCAGAAUCCAUGUCAUUUCUGAAAGUGGACCCACGGAAAAAGCAGAUUACGCUUUAUGACCCAUCCACGAGCAGUCCUUCCAAUGCAGGCCACCGAAGAGGAGCUGUAGCCGUUCCAAAGAUGUUUGCCUUUGAUGCAGUGUUUCCCCAGGAUGCUUCCCAGGCUGAGGUGUGCUCUGGAACGGUAGCGGAAGUAAUCCAGUCUGUCGUGAACGGUGCAGAUGGCUGCAUCUUUUGCUUUGGCCAUGUCAAGCUUGGGAAAUCAUAUACAAUGUUUGGAAAAGAUAACUCCACACAGAGCCUUGGGAUUAUUCCUUGUGCUAUCUCGUGGCUCUUCAAACUAAUCAACGAACGCAAAGAGAAGACCGGAACUCGCUUCUCGAUACGAGUGUCUGCUGUGGAGAUCAGUGGCAAAGAUGAAAACCUUCAGGAUUUGUUAGCUGAAGUCGCCACCGGCAGUCUUCAAGACGGGCAGUCUCCUGGGGUUUAUCUGCGGGAGGAUCCGAUCUGUGGAACGCAGCUGCAGAAUCAAAGUGAAUUAAGGGCCCCAACAGCAGAGAAAGCUGCCUUCUUCUUUGACGCAGCUCUGGCAGCCAGGAGUACGAGCAAACCGGAGUGUGACGAGGAGGAUCACAGGAAUUCCCACAUGUUCUUUACACUCCAUAUAUAUCAGUAUCGAAUGGAGAAGAGUGGUAAAGGGGGAAUGUCAGGUGGACGCAGCCGUUUGCAUCUCAUUGACCUAGGAAGCUGUGAAAAAGUGCUAAGCAAGAAUCGAGAUGGAGGGGGCUCCCUCUGCCUAUCCCUGUCCACCUUGGGCAGCGUCAUUCUGUCCUUAAUCAAUGGCGCCAAGCAUGUGCCCUACAAGGACAACAAAUUGACAAUGCUGCUCAGAGAAUCUCUUGGGAACAUCAACUGCAGAACCACCAUGCUGGCUCACAUAUCAGAUUCCCCAGCCAAUUAUGCUGAAAGUCUCAUGACAAUCCAGCUUGCCUCUCGGAUCCACAGGCUGAGGAAGAAGAAAUCCAAGUAUGCAUCCAGUUCAUCUGGAGGAGAAAGCUCAUGUGAAGAAGGCCACAUAAGAAGACCUCCUCAUCUGAGACCAUUUCAUCCUAGGACCAUUGCUCUUGAUCCUCAUGUUCCUGUGCUGAAUCUUUCCAACGAGCCUGACUAUUCCUCAAGCAGCGAACAGUCCUGUGACACCGUCAUCUAUGUUGGCCCCAAUGGUACAGCCUUGUCAGACCGAGAGCUGACAGAUAAUGAAGGCCCUCCAGAGUUUGUCCCCAUCAUCCCUUCCUUAAACAAGAAGAGAAGCAAAGACAACUCAGGUCUCCUGAAAAGUUCCGACAAAGACCAUUUUAAAUGCAACACAUUUGCAGAGUUGCAGGAGAGGCUAGAGUGUAUUGAUGGAAGUGAGGAGCCGGUUAAGUUUCCAUGCGGGGAAGUCUCGACUGCUUCUUCCACCAACACAACACUGACAGUUACAGAGAACGGUCAGUCCAAGUUCAAGCCAUCCUCUCCUCCUGGAGGGUUUAAUAAAGCAGUCUUACAGGAAAUGGAGCCUGCAAAAAAGAGCCAGAACCUUUAUUUCCAGCGUAAUGGAAAUGGACAAGAGAAGAAAACAUCUUCCUUAAAACUAGCCAAGCCUGAAUGCAAGAGAGCAGAUUCAGAUGGCGAAAAAGAGGUGAUGAAUGACUCCAACCACUUACCAGCUUGCAGUGUUGGUAGAGGUCAAGAUUUGAGUCAAGUUGCUGGGGCUGAAUUGGUUGUCAAAGAAAAAUCUUCAUUUGCUAAGAGACCCUUGCCUUCGCCUGCACCUCCUCCACCACAGCAGCUGGAAUCCCCAGUGAAGAGCAAGAUAACUUCUCUGAACAGCAAUGCCAUCAGGACGCCCCCUGUGGGAAUGAGUAAGCAGGCAGUGCAGGAUUCCACUCCUGUCAAUGAAGGAAAUAAGUUCUCAACAACCAACAACACAGAGCACCAGGGAGAUGGCAUAGAGGUCCAUAGGUUUCAGUCCUCUUUUCGGGGCAAAUGCUUUGACCGGGAUAUACUGACCACGACUGUGACUUUGCAGCAGCCUGUGGAACUCAACGGGGAGGAUGAACUUGUGUUUACUGUGGUUGAAGAGCUGUCCAUCAGUGGCAUCUUGGAUAAUGGAAGACCUGCCAGCAUCAUCAGCUUUAACAGUGACUGCUCUUUGCAGGCUCUUGCAUCAGGUUCAAGACCAGUUAGUAUCAUCAGCAGUAUAAAUGAUGAGUUUGAUGCGUAUACCUCCCAGGCAGGUGCCACUGGCGUCAACAUUGAUAUUGUUGUCCCUUUUGCUGAGGGUCCAUUCUCCAGCAGCAGCAGACGUUCCUCCAUCAGCUCCUGGCUAAGUGAAGUCAGCAUCUGUACCAUUGAAAGUGAUGGAAGCCGACCCAGUGAUGGGUUUCUUGCUCAGUCUGCUUACGGCAGUGGCAAGUCUGAGAACCCCUUUAACUUGGAUUGUCCUAACGACCCUCUUCCAUUGAAAGCCACCUUGAGUGACAGCGGCUUUUGCUUUUCAGAACUGGAGAGUGAGAGCAUGAGCUCAGGCAAGACAUCACUGGGGGCCAACAGAAGUCCUCAAAACUGUGACAUAACCAAAGCAUCUCAGACAGAAAGUGCUCUUUGUGUUACUGAUCAGCCAGCAAAGGUUAGACCUUCUAACUCACAAAAUACACCAGUGAUAGAAACUAUACACUCUAGUCUUCCCCGGAGAACAAAAACUACCUCAUCUUCAACCAAUGCAACCAAUACUCUCAGUUAUAAGGAACUGCAAAAGCCCCAUGUGAUGUUUGAAGACCCUUGGCUGGUCCGUACGGACAACCCGUUGGAAGCAAACGUGGCAGACACCUCAACUUCUCCAAACACUCGUACAUUUAAUGCUGAGAAACAGGUGGCUAAGUCCCUGCAACAGUACAGCAGUUCAGUGAGGCCAGCCAAAUCCCAGACAAUGCUUGCAUGUUCCCAGAGGGUUGUAGACGGUUGUGAAAUGGCCUGCAAGUCCUCCAGUGGAGCUGCUAAAAAAACAGAGGUUGCCACAAAAAUGCCACAGCUUAGAAGAGGAGCCACCACCUUGGGUGUGUCACACAGCAGUAGUGGAGCUAUAGAUGGUAUCAGCAGGGGCAGUUCGGAAGUUGCGUUUGCCACUGGUAGUCUGAAAAAAAAGAACGGGCAGCCCAAAUCAAGCAUGUUGCCCAGGCCAAACGGAGCAGUCCCUCCCAUGCCCCCUGUGCGUAAGUCAAGCCUUGAGCAGAAAAAUGGUGGGAUAACUAGUGGAGGAGGAAAAGCUGCAGGAUUGGACCCUGGUAAGGCUGUUCCAGUAAAAAAUGAGGAUGACACUGAUUUGCGACUGAGAGCUGGGUCUUAUGCUCUUGAAAACACUAGCAGCAAAUACAACCUCAAGGGAGACCACUCUUUGCCCAAAGCAACCUCGAGUUUAAAAUCAAAGGCAUCCAAAAGCGAAGCCAUCCAUCGUUACGGGAGCCACAUGUCCCUUGAGAGAUGUGAGAGCUUGGUGUCCGUCGGGCCGAAGGCCAGCCCAAAUAAGGAGAACAGCGGCGGCAGUGUUAACAAUGGCAGAAAUGGUCGACUGGUCCCUAGGCUGGGGGUCCCACCUGUUGCUUCUGGCUUGACGUCGCCUCCCUCUUACACCACGCCGUCGCCCUGCAAAAGCAGUCAGGCUAAAAGCAGCACAAGUCAGAAGGCUCUAGCCGGUGGGAAUAAAAGCCGUAGCCUUUCGGCCAGUGGGUCCAAGUCUCUGAGCAACUCAGUGAAGUCAUUAGCACAGCCAGUGGGGAAGACCUCCAGCAUUCCCUUGACUGGGAAAGCAGCCCCACGGUCCGUACAAGGUGUCAGCAGCAAACCUGGUCGGGGGACUAUCAUGGGAACCAAGCAAGCCAUUAGGGCAGCCAACAGCCGGGUGAACGAACUGGCCUUGGGCAGUUCAGCCAAGAUGAACCAUUUCCGGGGCUCAACAGAUUCCGACAGUGGCAACGACAGUGGAAUUAAUCUCAGUGAUGAGAAGUCCCAGGUCCUGGCUCUGCCAUCUCCUUACAGCAAGAUCACAGCUCCGAGGAGGCCUCAGCGCUACAGCAGCGGACAUGGGAGUGAUAACAGCAGUGUCUUGAGUGGGGAGCUACCGCCAGCAAUGGGCAGGACAGCUCUUUUUUACCACAGUGGCGGCAGCAGUGGCUACGAGAGCAUGAUCCGCGACAGUGAAGCCACAGGCAGUGCCUCCUCGGCCCACGAUUCCAUGAGCGAGAGCGGGAUGUCCUCACCAGGCCGCAUGAGAAGUUUGAAAUCACCCAAGAAAAGAUCCACAGGUUUCCAGCGUCGACGGCUGAUCCCAGCCCCUCUUCCUGAUUCAUCAUCCCUGGGGAGCGUUGCUGGUCAGUGGGUUGAUCUACCACCCUUGCCGGGGACUUUGAAAGAGCCAUUUGAAAUUAAAGUUUAUGAGAUUGAUGAUGUGGAACGAUUACAGCGACACAGACAAGAGGAAACGGAGCAGCCCUUCCAGGAUGUUGAAAAGGGCCUGAUCUAUUUUAAUACAAAACUGAAAAUCCUGGAGAGACGCCACCAGCGAAUUAGAGAAGUGAAAGCAAAGCAUGAGCUCUUGAAAGAGGAGUUGGAGGAAACUAAGGGCAGGCUGAUGUUGGAUCCCAGCAAGUGGAAAGGCGAGUUUGAGGUUGACCCAGAUCUUGACAAGGAGUCGCAAGAUUAUCUGGAGGCACUGGAGCAAGUUACGGAGGAACUGGAGCAGUGUGUGAAUCUCUGCAAAUCGCAUGUCAUGAUCGUCACCUGCUUUGAUAUCGGCGUGAUCUGCGACACCCAGGAAGGAGCACGUGAAGUGGAAGUUUGAAGGUGGUUUGUAAAUGGGACUCAAAGAGAUGGAGCUGAACUAACAAAGGAGGAGGGAAAGGGGAAAUACGUGUGUUGGAAAGAGGAAGGUGGAAAGGUGAAGACGCAGCUUGGAUGAAGAAUGUUGUUAAAGCCUGAAACUAUCAAGGAAUUAGAAUGUUCUAAACCUUUAUGGUGCCUCAGCAACCUAUGGAUUGUACAAAGAUCGACCUGAGAUUUCUAAAGGAGGAAAGCAAACAAAAAAACAAAACAGAACAGAACCUGUUAAGAACCAACUCUGUUUCAAAAGCAGAAGUGCCUUUUCUCAUGCAUUUGUGACUUGUUUUCUUGAUUUUUUUUUGUAUUUGUUGCUUAGAAUCGAAACCAGCAAACCUAAACAGACCAUAAAAUGUAUUCCUAUGAAAGAUUUUAUACUGUAUAGUGUAAUUUAUGAUUAUAUGUAAAAACAAAACAAAAAAACCAGACGAACAAAAACUGUAGCGAAAGCAAUAAGUAAAUUAUGUUCUUACACCUGAAUUUGCCUCCUUGUUUCAUGGAAAAGCUGGCUUUAUGUAGCAGAACAAAAAAGAAAAUAAAUUGUAUUAUAAUUGAUUUUCAUGGUUUAGGAUUUGAGAUAUUUUUAU